CCGGGUCGUACGACGUAAUAGCUUCCGUACAGGUAUAUCUAUCAUGGAAAUUCUCAUUUGUUCAACUUGGUCAUAUUUCUUUAAGGAGUGCAGACGCUGUUUAGAUAAAAAAAAACACUAUCUUUAAUCAACACAUACUAUUUUUUCGACUUAGUAAUAUCGCGUUAAGGAGUGUAGACGCUUCAUAGAGAAACAUCAAUCGUUCAUCAACAGAUAAUAUUUGUUCGACUUGGUAAGUACAUUAUGAUGUCAAAUUUCUUAAAUGUAGUGGAAAAAUAAUUAUAUGCUGGCAACUUUGUAUGAUCAGAAUUAAUCAGAAAUUUUUGUGAGAAAGAAAAAAAAAAUAAAUUAAAAAAAAUUGUUGAUGUUAAGGAAAAUAAAACAGAGAAUAUUUUUAUUUUUUUCAAGGUGGCAACGAAUCCAGGACGAAAAUAAUACGUACAAUUAACUUUGGAAGUUAAUAAUUUAGAAGUGAAAUCGUCAGUGAUAAUUUCAAAAUAUGGCCAACUUCUCUAAGAAAGCCUCUUAUUUGGAAGCCUGGAGAAUAAACAACAAUGCGAUUACUUAAUGCGUAAUACUUUUUUCUUUUCUUCCUUUUUCGCGUGCGCUGUUUUUGAGUUUACUAUUCCUGUUAAUAGAGGAAUGGUGAUACAUGUACAGUCAUAAUGUUGAAACCUUUGAUGUCUCAGCAAUUUUUGUGUUUAAAUUAAAGAAAUGAUUAAUAAUAGACGUUUAAAAAAAAAAGGAAUGUAUAAUGAUCAAUAUUUAAACUGUUUUAAAAUGUAUCGAUUCGAUUAGUAUAAUUUUAAAUGUGUAUCCGUUCGUACAUGUAUGUAUUUUAUUUGAUGUAUUAUUUUUGUCGGAUGCAAAAAAUUAAAUUUAAUAAUUUUUAUAACUAUAGAUUUAACUUUUUGCAUACUGUCUUAAUUUACUACGUAAAUAAUGUUAAUUUAAAAAUAAAUAUAUUCAGUGAAAAUUUAAAAAUGUAUUUGCGUCAAAAAACCUAACAGCAGAGAAUUUCAUCGCUGACUGGCCAUUAGAGAAACACGAAACGUCUUACGGUAACUAAUAGGCUAAGAGAGGAAGGGUGGGCCGUAAGUAGGUGAGAUGUAAAAUGAUACCCUAAUCCUAACGGAUUAGCAAAGAUUAAAAUUCCCUCCACACGAGAACAAUGGAUUAAUUUCGACUGCCACAAAAUGCUGCUGAAUUUUUUUAAAUUUCUAUUUUUUUUUUUCAAUUCCCUUUUAAAAUCAUGACCAUUAAUUUAUUCAUUUAACCAAAUGCCGAUUCUUUACCUCAGGAAAGGUUGUUUUUAUAGAAGAAAGUAAUAACAUAUACAAAAACAAAGAUGGCACUAUGGGCUCCGGUACUUACGGCUGUCUUGGCUCUGAUGGCCCAGAAGACACAAGGUGACUAUACCUUUAGUUUAGAUAGUUUAGCAUUAAAUGGACUUGAAAUAUAUUACGUAAAAUCUUUAUAUUUGUUUUGUUUCAAAGUUUUUAUAUGCAUAUUGAUUAACUUUUUGCUAGUAGCAUAUGUAGCCUUUAUUUCGAAUACCACUUUAAUUUUGAACGGUUCUAUACUGCUCACAAGGAAACUUAAUCAUUCCAUCUCUCCUUCCAUCCAACUAUGAUAUAAAACAAAAUAUUUUACACAAUUCUAUAUAUUAUAUUAAAAUUCAUAAAUUAGAACCAAAAUGAUAUCAAUUUUCUAAAACACCUACAACCUCUUCAAUGAACUCCUAUAAUUUGUAGUUAAUUUUAUAAUGCGUUGUAUUUUCUCCCACAGCUCAAGUCUACGUCAUCGAGGGCUACUUUGUGACGGACUACGAAGCCGUGAUGUCGUGAGUCCACAAUAAGUUACCAUUAGCUACCAUUAGUUACCUUUAGUUGCCAUUAGUUACCAUGGCAUAAAACACUGAAGCUACUAUUAGUUACCGUAAGUUACCAUUAGGUGGGCCAUACCUUCUCCUUAGUUAUCAUAAGUUACCAUUAAGGGCUAUAGGAUUUCUUUGGUUACCAUAAGCUACCAUUAGUAAAAAAAACAUAUUGUUUUUGGUACGUAAAUACUUGCAAGGGAAGAAGGGGGGGGGGCGAGAGCGCUGGCCCCCGAUUCCAUCAUAUUUAGACAGGGCGUCCAGAGUCAGUUAAAAGAUAAAAUGGCACGUGUAUUUACAAAAACAGGGAGGGCAAGAAAAUCAUCUUUUCACUGGUCCGCCUCGGGCGACACUUGUCCUCGUUAGUGUCCUGGUGGGACGAAAGCACUUUUAGUUUCCGUUUUAAAAAACCACAUCAAAACAAACAAUCCCACUAUCAAAACAAACACUGAACACAACACCAGCAAUAAUCCCACUAUUUUUGUUGUUUGUUUUUCUGUUGACGACCCUCUCAUUGAUACCGUGAUUGACUCGGCUACGGUCGUCUAAGCACAGGAUAUUUCAAUUAAUGCACCACCUCCGGUGUCGACAUUGUUAAUGAAACGAAUGUCAUAACAGUUGAAGCAGCUAUGUAGGGAAUGUUUCAUGAGCCUCAGCAGUACUAAUGGACUGGCAUGUUGUUGUAGCAAAGAUGUCACCUUAUCCUGUGUUAAUAGAUUCGUAAAGGAAAUAACGCUAAAAUUUUAACGACAAUGUUUUUUUUGUCCUUUCUUUUCCGGCCAAUUGGUUACUAUCAAAGUAUGGAUACCAAAAAUAUAUGAAUUUUAGUCACUAGAGCAAUAAUCUGGACAAUAAUCUGGACAAUAAUCUGGACAAUAAUCUGGACAAUAAUCUGGACAAUAAUCUGGACAAUAAUCUGGACAAUAAUCUGGACAAUAAUCUGGACAAUAAUCUGGACAAUAAUCUGGACAAUAUGGAGUAUGGAGUUUCAAUGUUUAAAGUUAACAAUCUGACUUCUCGUAGCUAUACACCCCUAUAAUUCCCCAACCAUGCCCUAACAACACCCCCCCCACAUAAGUCCACAACCAUGCCCUAGCAACACCCCCACCCCGACCAUAAAAAACAACAAACAAACCAACAACAAAAGUUAGAAAUGAUCAGACAAUAACUUUCUUUUACUUUGAUAUUUCUUCCUUUUGCCAAUUCUCUAAUAUCUAUUAGUGACCCCCAUCACCUAAAGACCCUGGUUUUCAACCCACUGGUAAGUGACCACAAAGAAGGGUCGCGGAUUGUUUUCUGUCGGGGUCGCCACCACCCGAAGCAGAAAGAAAACUAAAAAACUAAAAAUAUAUAUGUUAAAGACAUUUUCAUUUUUAAUGUGUAUCAAUGAAAUUAUAAUUGAAAUUGAAAUUUGAAAAAAAAAAAUCUAUAUCCAUUUAUUUUCUAUUCGAUGUGUUUGAUUUCACCAUAUUAAUUAAUUUGUGAAUAUGUUUUUGCUUCUUUAAAAUAGAGUCUCGGGUUAAUAGCGUAUAUAAAGUGUUAUAAAAUUUUAUCCCACCUGUAUGGUCUGGAAAAUGAGGCCUUUCUAAUCAUGACAGGAUAAAAGUUGUCACUGUAAUGGCCAGCAGGGGGUUGGCAAUGGAUUGCAGCCCAUUGGCCAGUUGGAUGCUCGUUAAAUCUGGCUGGGAUAUCCACCACGUCGGUUAGAUUUUCCGAAAUUGUUGUUCCGAAAUAAGGAUAGCUUUGCAAAGACUGAAAUUUGACAGAUUUUUUUUUCUUCAUAUAAUUCAAUUCACAGUUUACUUUCUAUGUUUUGCAUACUAUUUUUUACUUGUGCAUACUAUUUUUUACUUGUGCAUACUAUUUUUUACUUUUGCAUACUAUUUCCUGAGCUGAAAACAAGUACAUUUUCAUCGGGAAAAAAAAAUUAAAAUUCAUUAUAUCCGCCCCUAAAAAAUUCUGAGCCGCAAUCAGUAUCGCAUAGGCCCGUGUCUAUUUAGUUGUACGCAUGAACAAUGUUGCCUGCUGAACACUAUUACCAUUUUGUUUCCAGAGUUGAUCGUUAUUGACGCACAAAGGAUACACAUUUUACAUUCUUCUAUUGCACACCUCCAUGAGCAUUUUAAACGACUCCAAUCAUUAGUUAUGAUGGGCGACGUUCAAAUUUAUGUCAAACAGAGUAGCUUUGCCCGUGGUUGCCACCUACUUUUACCUCUUUGGGUUGGUUCCAAAAUCAUGUUUGUUGCUUCUAAACUCGAUUCCAUUACGUUAACUAGGUUGAAUUAAAACAGACCCAGUAUCUUAGUUUUUACAAUAAAAUUUUUCCUUUUACUCUGAAUAAUCUCUUUCCUCUCAAUUCACGGUGACGUCAUUAGAUCCAUGUUUACUCAGCCAAACCAUGACAACAACAAAUGAUAUAAAUGCGGAAAUGAUAUUCAACAACCCCAUAUGCCCUUUUCUCCCCGAAAAUAAAAUGUUUUUUCGUUCGUAAAUAUUCCCAAAAUUGUUUUAACUUAGAGAAUAUUAGCUGAUCAAAGACAUGAAUCGUGUUUGCCUUGAGACUUACGGAAAGCGCACUUUUGCAUUUGCUGGUCCAACAAUUUGGAACGCCCUUCCUGUCGAUCUCAGAAACAACCAGACAUUGGAGUUCUUUAAAACCGAUUUAAAGACACAUCUAUUUCGCAAACACCUUCUGGGAUGAUUGUUAACCUUAUUUUCCAGUUAAUGCAUAAUGGCUGUGUUGCUCCGGGUUGAAAUGGCUAGAAAGACUUUGAGAUUGUAUGCUUGUAAUUAGUUUUUGUAGUGUUGCGUUUGUUUUAAAUGUGGUAAAUUAUAGAUUUGUUUUUUGUUGACUUUGUACCGCGCUUCGAGCCUAUAGAUUUUUUUUUUGUUUUCUUUGUAUAGCGCGUUGAGUCUUUGGGGAUGAAGUGUGUUUUUUAAAUGAACUUUAUUAUUAUUAUUAUAUAUAUAUAUAUAUAUAUAUAUAUAUAUAUAUAUAUAUUUAUAUAAAUCUAUAUUCCUUUAUAACGAUUCAUAUUUUUGAUCAUAUAAAUAUAUUUUCGUUUACAAUUCAUAUUUUCAAUCAGCCUAUAAUAUUCUCUAUGUUAAAACAAAAAAACAAAAAAUUCAUUUCGCGACGAAACAAUUCGUCUACAUUAAUUAGUUCUGAACGACUGCAUUGUGGGAAACACAAGAUUUCCCUUGAACUUGACAUUAUCAGACGUCAUCAGUUCAGCAAUGCCCAGAGGGGUGAUGUAAUGGUUGAAAAAAUGUAAAGCACAGAAGCGCGGUGUUAGGUCAUGCUCCCACGGUCUACUUUAUCCGAAGUCAUUCAUGCAUGAAGCCAGGCUUGAAAGCCUACAAUUACCCUCUACGUAUGGUCUCUCGAGGUCUUAUGAGGUCGAGCUAACUUGACCAGUGAUUGGUGUACCCAUAUCCAAGUUUUCGGACACACAUUCCUUCUCUUCAUCAAACACUGUUUAUCAAUUCACAAAUUAUGUAAUCCUUAUAAUUUUAUAGAGCGACUGACAUAUCUAGUUUCAAAGCUGACAUACAAACUUGGGAGGGGAGGGGCGCACCUUCAAUUUGUUUUUAUGCCACCUGCAGAUAAUUUUUCUUGCAAGUGCGUCGCCGGUCUUAGACCUGCCCCCUGUCCGUACUAACCCUGGUGCUAGACAAUGGAAUUGAAUGGUCACAAACUGAGGCUAGAGUAAGUGGCCUGAGACGUUUUAACAAUAGACCAAGCGGCAGUGGCGACGCUACACCAGGUCCCGCCGGGUCCCAGGACCUGGUAAGAAAACUUGGGACCUGGCAAAUGACCUGGUAAAUUUUAAUUAGUUACUAAUAUUGUAUAUAUGCUCAUUAAGCGUAAACUAAAUUACAUGUAAGAGAAUUUUUUUGGGACCCGCCAAAUUUUUUUAAGACCUGCAAGGGACCCACAAUGUUAAAUUUGAUGGCGUCGCCACUGACCAAGCGUUUCAUUAGAAAAAAAAAAAAAUUGACACUUUAGAUCCAUCUUAACUUUUUUUUUGUUUAACAAAACCCUUUAAAUAUCAAAUCAUUCUUACAAAUGUAAAUUCUUAUGUAGGUACCGACGUCAUCAACAAGUCUUCGAACACAUUUUCAUAAAGCGUUUAUUUUUCAAACGUUAAAAAUGAAAUUAUUUUGAAAACGACCAUUUAUAAAAACGAUUCACUUUGCUUUAUAACAGUAAAAUAUGUUUUACCUUAUCUAUGUGAUUUAAAAUUAGCAUUGAUUGUCUGUCUGUCUAUAUGAUAGUAGGGAAAAUAAUUCACAGUUUUCCUGUGAUAUUUUUUUUUCCGCGACAUUUUUUCGCCGUGACCAUAUUUCCUCGGACAUUUUUCCCCCUGGCAAAACUUGUCACAUUUUUUCACCAGCCAAUAGUGUUAGUCACAUCUCAGAUCAGAAAACGUCACAGGGUUACUAUGUUUAGAACGUCGGACAAAUAUUUCUUUAAAAAUGGAGCUUAUCGUGUGUUUCAGGAUAUCGUUCGGACGGUCCUUGUAUCUAGAGCCAUUGUUACAUGUGCGGACGAUCCUUGUAUCUAGAGCCACUGUUACAUGUGCGGAAGAUCCUUGUAUCUAGAGCCAUUGUUACAUGUGCGGAAGAUCCUUGUAUCUAGAGCCAUUGUUACAUGUGAGGAAGAUCCUUGUAUCUAGAGCCAUUGUUACAUGUGAGGAAGAUCCUUGUAUCUAGAGCCAUUGUUACAUGUGUGGAAGAUCCUUGUAUCUAGAGCCAUUGUUACAUGUGAAGUACGCGCAAUGAAGUCCCAUUUCACAAAAUAGCAGUAAAAAAAAAUUGUGUAAAAUAUUUCGUAAAAUAUAGUUUUAACAAAGUUUUUGACUUAGGUGAAGGGCCUCUUCGCUAACUUAGUUGUACUGAACAGUGUUGACAUUUUGUCCAACCCGAGUGCCCGGAUGAUUACAUCAGUUCUAUUAAUAGAUUCACGCCAUUAAAUAACACGCCCUUAUAAGGGUUUGUCAUUUCUAAGACCGGAAAACGUCACAGGACUCUACGCAAUCUUGCUAUAUUUAGAACGUCGGACAAACAUUUCUUUCAACGAUCAUUUCAUAUCGCUUCAUUGCCUCAAUAGCUCUUGCUCUGUGAAUCCUAACCCAUCUUUUUCAUCUUUCUAAAUCUUUAAGAGUUUUAGGAAAUGGCUAAAAUCCUACACCCUGCAUGUGCGGACGAUGCUUGUAUCUAGAGUCACUGUUAAUUAUGCCUUGCGCGCAACGAGGUCCUUCCACGUUUUGAAGGCCCACGAUCAAUUUAUUGAUCAUUCUGGCUCCUGGUUUGAAUUAAGAGUUUAAGAGUUUUGCCUUCUCUUAGAUGAGUUGCCGCCCAAGGCUAAUGAGUUCACUCCACCCGGAGUGCUUGGGAUGUUAGAUUUGGUGGGGGUUGCGCUCCGGACCACCAGCUAUUUGGAUUGACUCAGUUUGGACCACUCGACCCCCCAGCACACGAAAAUGUCCCAUAUCGCAACAUGCAUAUCGUCGACUACAGCAAUAGCAGUUGAAUAAAAACAUUGUGUAAAAUAUUUCGUCAAUUAUAGUUGUACACAAAUUUUGAUUUAGGUUGUGGGCCUCUUGGCUAACAUGGUAGUGCUGAACAUUUAUUGGCAUUUCGUCCGAUCCGAGUACCCGGGUGAUUACAGCAGUUGUAUUAACAGAUUUCCGCAAUUAAAUAAAAAACCCUGUAGAGACGCAAACACUUGAUGAAUGGCUUUGAUUCUUAUUUAUUCAGUGUACCUGUCACACAGAUUCACUCUGGUUACAUCAUCUCCUUAUAACUCCAUAGUCUAUUCAAAAACACAGGUGCUAUCACUCAGAAACGUCUCAUGACUACGUCCUUAAUCAACUCUCUCUCUUUCUCUCUCUUCCAUAUAUCUUACGCUUUAUAUCCACACACUUGUUCAUUAUUCUAUUCAGAUUAUUUAUUUAUUUAUUUAGGCAUUUUUAUAUAGCGCUUAUCAUAAAGCUCUAAGCGCUUUACAAUUAUUAAAACAUAUAAACUAAUUAAAUACAAAUGAGACACUAGGAUAGUAACUACUAUUCUAUAGAAACAAUGAAAAUGGCUAUAAAAAGAGGACACUUUGACACUUCAGGAUUAAACUGAAACAGAAAAUUAGGUAGGGCAAGGAGGGUGCAUCACAGGUCAUAGGCGGACCUAAACAGAAUACACUCAGGACACAACACAUGGAGGCACCAAACAGUGUGCAUCCUAACACCAGUUAUUCGCAUACCCUUGACACCUCCCACCAACCGUGAUCCGAUUCAAUCCCUUGUUUAAAAACAAAAUCUUAAUGUGAUCAUGCAGUUAACAAGGUCGAGCUAUUGAUGGUUUGGUUGUGUGGCUAUGAACCAGGAAGAUUUCAUUCAUAAUUUAGAUUGGUGGCUAUGAACCAGGUAGACUUUAUUCAUACAUUGGUUGGGUGGCUAUGAUCUAGGUAGGUUAAAUCAUAUAUUGGUUGGGUGGCUAUGAUUUAGGUGUGUUAAUUCAUAAGCUCGUUGAGUGGCUAUAAUUUAGGUAGGUUAAUUCAUUAUUUGGUUGGGUAGCCUUAGUUCAGGUAGGUUAACCCAUAAGCUGCUUAGGUGGCUGUGAACCAGAUAUAUUUUAUUCAUAAGUUACUUUGGUGACUAUGAGAUCCAGGUAUAAAAUAAGUUGCUAGGGUGGCUAUGUACCAGAUAUAUUUUGUUCAUAAGUUACUUUGGUGGCUAUGAACCAGGUAUAAACUAAGUUGCUAGGGUGGCUAUGUACCAGGUAUAUUUUAUUCUUAAGUUGCUUGUUUGGCUAUGAUCCAGGUAUAUUUUAUUCAUAACCUGCCUGGGUGGCUAUGAGACAGAUAGGUAAAUACGUAGGUAGGCCUGGCAGUACAUGAAAUAUUAGUUAUCUUGGGCCACUUUAAAAAAAAAUUACAAGGAAAGAUGAAUUCUAAGAACAUCAAUAAAAAGACAUAUACAAAAAAAAACAAAAAAAAAAACAACAAAAAUACAUGAAAAUAUCAAUGCACAAAUUAUGCGUUUUGAUUCACACCACCACAUUCACACAAUCAAGAAAUAUGAAUACUAUUUUCCACAAAGCUUUUUAAUUUUUCCCCAAUACAUAUCUAUAUUAACAUUUAUUAAAUUAUUAGUAAGAUCACAGACUUUUUUUUUAUUUAAAAAUAAUGCCAUUCUAAAACAGAGGACAUAUAUUUUUCUAAUGAAAUUUUUAUAUUUUCCUUGAUGUAAUAAUAACAAAAAGGUUACAGCACCGCUGGAUGUUCAUAAACUGGAUGUUGUGCGGAGCCAUCCUUUCCAUCUCCGGAUAUAUUCCAUGUCAAGAUCACAACCAUUUUGUUCGAGAGUUCGUAGAUGUUGAUUUAAUAUUGGGGCCUUCGUGAAGCGAAGCAUUAAAUACAUAUUUCCCAACCACUUACCCCCUUUGUAAGUGCGUAAUUAAACAUAGGAUUUAUUUCUCCCCCCCACCCCCUCCCCCCACACACACUUUGACAGCUAAUAGACACAGGGUCACGGAGCCUCUGUAAAUAUGUUGAAUCAGACCCCCCCUCCCGCCUUUAUGGUCGUGUCACGGGCCGUCACGGUCGUGAUAUUUACAAAGCCGCGUUUUGAAUCACGUGGUCUGGUAUUUUAGUUUGUUAUGGGAAUAACCAUGUUUAUUUCAACUACUAAUCUCUCACCUACUUGUCUUCUGUGAUAGUCCUCUUCGAUACUGUAAUGCAGCCUAAAAUAAAAAAAAAAUCAUAUUAUUUUUACCAUGGUUUGUUCGCUGAAGAAGGCUUCUUGCCGACACGUUGGUUGUUUUAUUGCGUCUUUUUUUUUUCUUUUUUCCAUUACUUUUUUUUUCGCUCACUCUCCCUAGACGUGUAUAUAGCCUGUUUCAGAGCUAUUUCUAGAACGGGCUUACACAUUGUAUUCCUCUCUUGAUUGGUCUUGAUUUUUCUACAUAAUUCUAAUAAUACGUACCAUAGAUCUUAUUCAGUUGUAAAGAAGUUCAAGUGGGAUUAUUUUUAAUUUGCCCCACCCAAACGAGCUGUUGAAACUAGGGGUCAGCCAAAGUUCAUUCAAGAGAAAAGAUGACGUAAACACAUCGUCUACAUAACGUCAUACUUAGUGUGUCUGCCACUAGCUUGCGUCUCCAGGUAUCUCAUACUUAGUGUGUCUGCCUCUAGCUUGCGUCUCCAGGUAUCUCAUACUUAGUGUGCCUGCCUCUAGCUUGCGUCUCCAGGUAUCUCAUACUUAGUGUGUCUGCCUCUAGCUUGCGUCUCCAUGCAUCUCAUACUUAGUGUCUCUGCCUCUAGCUUGCGUCUCCAGGUAUCUCAUACUUAGUGUGUGUGCGCCUCUAGCUCGCGUGUCCACGUAUCUCAUACUAAGAGUGUCUGACAGUAGCUCCCGUCUCCAUGUACCUCAUACUUAGUGUGUCUGACACUAGUUCCCGUCACCAUGUACCUCAUACUUAGUGUUUCUGCCACCAGCCCACGUCUCCGUGUAUCCCAUACUUUGUCUGCCUGCCUCUAGCGCGCGUCUCUAUCUACUCUUUGGCCUUCCUCUCCACAGUCGAAUCCAUGCUAGGGAUUGUCUGGUGAUGUUUUACGGUGUCUUACAAAGAGCGUGGCCUAUCCACCUCAAUAAAUUCUAUUUGACGUCUUCACCAGUAAGCUCUGGAGUAAGCCUUUACAGUUUAGAAUCAAACGAGGAUGCGAAUGGGCCGACUUAAAAAUAUAAUUACAGUCGAUAAACAGUGCAACUUAUAAUAAAGGACGCAUAAGAGUUUAUACUAAACUAUUUAUUUUACUAAAUUACUACUAAAUUAUUUCCUCUGUAUUUUCUCUUGUGUUUUUUCUCCGGUGAAUUUUGUGCCUUACAUGCCAAAGAUCAUUCCUCUAUUGGACUUUCCUCUCUCCCACCCUUCCACCUCCCACAGGUAUGUACGUCUCAUCCCAGGGACGGCAUCUUUCGACACAAAGAAAGCCCAGGCGUUGGCCAGCAUGAACAAAGACAUCGACUACAUCCUCACAGAAGUAAGUGUCGGCUUGUCUUUUAUUUCUCACAUUUCGCUUUGUCAGCUGCAGAUAGUAAAGAUUAAAAAUAACUUUUUUAAAAUUUUUAUAUUUGCCUUGCCCAUUAUUUGUAUCAAUUUUCACGUGAUAUUCAAGAGGUUAAAUCAAUGUUUUUAUGAAAUGUUGAAAUUCUGAUGAAAAUCUCCUGUUCUUAUAUUUAAAAAAUAAUUUUCACUACACAGGUCAAUCAGAUACUGAGUACUCUCUCUGCGAAUGGCCUCGUCAUUGAAUUGCGACUUAGAAAACUGGACAUCUUGGUACGUAUGCUUUUAAAUAAAUAACCGUUGGUUUAGAUUUCUAACUUACCAUCUUGGUUACCCGAAGUGAAUGAAAAAUAAAUGAAUCACAAUGCAAACUAAAAAAAAGUAAAUAUAUAUACGAACCUAAAAUUAAUUUAAUAAAUGUGAGUUCUCCAUUAGAAUGGGAAUAAAAGAAAAUACGAAAAUUCAUCGAACAUUCCAUUCCACGCAGUGAAGAACACAGUACACAGUAACUAAAGUGAUAUCUAAUGCCAUUCGGUACACGGUAACUAACAUGAUAUCUAAUGUCAUUCGGUACACAGUAAAUAACAUGAUAUCUAAUGCCAUUCGGUACACAGUAACUAACAUGAUAUCUAAUGCCAUUCGGUACAAAGUAACUAAAAUGAUAUCUAAUGCCAUUCGGUACAAAGUAACUAAAAUGAUAUCUAAUGCCAUUCGUACACAGUAACUAACAUGAUAUCUAAUGCCAUUCGGUACACAGUAACUAACAUGAUAUCUAAUGACAUUCGGUACACAGUAACUAACAUGCGUCAAUUCAUUGGUCUGCAGAACACCAACGUCAUCCCAGGAACUAGUUUGUAUCCAGGGGUUCCCAACGCUGUGGAUUCGGGAACGGCCUUGAAUAGCUUCCAGUCGUGGCUCAAUCAGCAGAAUGCCUACAGCACGUUGAACUACGACCUCGCCAUUCUGUGGACAGGGUAGGUGGUUUCUAAGGGUUUAUAAAUAGGUAUAGCAAUGUCAAACAGGGUGGACAACAACAGGGACCCCCACCUGCCGGCGUUGCAGCCUGGUCCAAGAAACUCAGGCGAAUCUUUUGACUUAAUGUCCAGCACUAGAUGUUUCCGGGGAGGCCAGAGCGGCGAGAGAGUCCACCGUCACGACGAUGUUAUAAGGCACACCCCAGUGGAUGGCUCUUUCGGCUAAUGUCCUCUCUUAGGUUUAAGACCGUAAGCUUAAGCCUACACCAGAAUGUGUGUGUUAAUAGGUGAUGACAAACUAUAACAUGCGCCGACAAGCAAUGUCAGACAGUAAACUACAACUGAAAGGAGCCGACAGACACUGAAGGGGCUGACUGGCAGGCACUAACAGCCCCUAUCAGGCACUGACAGUCACUGACGGGCACCAACAGCCCCUAUCAGGCACUGAAAGUCAUUUACGGGCACUUGCAGCCCCUAACAGGCAAUGACAGUCAUUUACGGGCUCUAACAGCCCCUAUCAGGCACUGACAGUCAUUUGCGGGCACUAACAGCCCCUAACAGGCAAUGACAGUCACUGACGGGCACUAACAGCCCCUAACAGGCAAUGACAGUCACUGACGGGCACUAACAGCCCCUAACAGGCACUGACGGGCACCAACAGCCCCUGACAGGCACUGACGGGCCAUGACGUAAACUGUUUCAUCAUAUCACGGAUGUGAGCGCUUCAUUUGCAUUCCAUAUAAGUAACCUUUUCUUAGCAAUAUCAUAUGCAGACAUAUUUUCGAAGUAUUUGAUAUAAAUCAAAUGAGGACGGAAAAUUGUUUAGAAAAAAACAAGACAAUUAAAUACCCAAUACUUAACAUCCAUAUAACUAUCCAAAAAAACGUAAUUGUUUUUGUUGCUGUAAAGGACAACAAAACAAGCAUACUAAGAAAAGUUAUUGUUGACAUAACAGCUGCUGAUGUGAAACGCUGCGUACAUAUUUUUAGUUGACUGGCUUGAGUUGUCUGUCACGUUGUGAAACGCUGUGACACGCUUUGACACGUUAUCGCGCGUUUUGACAUCUUAUGACACGUUGUGACACGCUGUGACACGUUGACACGGACGAGCCCGUGAAGCUAUUAAUAUAGCACUAUCUGCACGGACACCAGCAUCCAAUGCUAUUCUGAAUAUCCAUAUCAGCCAUCCCAUCAGUUUUAAUUAUAUUGCGAUUUAAAGCCAUUGCUGUUUAGGUUUGUGACACACUUUGAAGGAGAGUCUUCAUGUAGUCAAAUAUUUACCAAACAAAAAAAAACCAAUCGUUUCUUUUUCUAAUGAACUAAAUUUAUGAUUGAAUGUGGUGUCGCUUUACUUCUGAUCCAGGUACGAUCUUUACGGCUCUUCAAGCAUUUUCACUGCUGGUACGUACGUUUGUAUCGUCCUAACCUUUGACCCACAUCGGUCUCAUUUAAAGGGAUUGCAUAAAUACUAAUGACUCUUUAUGUUGUGUUCAAAAGUAAAUACUUAUCGCUUUUUUUUUUUAAAAUGCCAUGAUUACAUGCAGCUGAACAUCACUUCAUUCAGCAAGCAACACAUCCCGAUCACGCCUUUCAUUUAUACGAUAUCCACGGUACUGUCUAAUAAUAAUAAUAAUAAUAAUAAUAAUAAUAAUAAUAAGUGGUCUUAUAUAGCGUGGUACUGUCUACUCUCAUGCCCAAAUAUUCUGACGCAAAGACAAAGGGAACAGAGAAAAAAAAAGACAACGAAAGGGGUGGGGGUAUAUCAAUAUAUAAAUUGAUUAAAAAAAUGUCUUGGAGAGCAAUAUACCGCUCUAAAUCGCGACCAAUAAAUAUGCGCACUUUUCCCUGGAUAAUCAACUAAUGUCUUUUACUCAACAAAACCCAAAAUUGUUCGGCUUGCUAAGUUGUUUAUUACUGGAGGCGCACCAGUAUACAGCAGUUAAAAUAAAACCUGACAAUUCUUAUGGGGAGGGGGGGGGGGUAACAAACCCCCUGCCCUACGGAAUUGACGUCCUUGCUUUACGGCCUUUGAUCAAAUCUAUGAAUAAUCUCAAACACUCAAUCGUUUUUCUCCUCGAUGAAUUCACUCCUCAUAAAACCAAACACAUGACAUUUCGUUUUUUCAUUCUAUUUUUUUUUGGGGUCAUCUUCUCAUUUGACCGACUUACAACACCCUAUUCCAUCCGCCCAUCAGGCUACGCCCACGUCGGAGCGGUGUGUGACAGCAAGAAGUCCACGGGAGUCGUUGAGUUCAACGGGACGUACGGCACGGCGACUGUCACGGCGCAUGAGAUCGCCCACAUGUGAGAAACGAUGGACCGCGUAUACGUUGUGGUUGAUGUGUAUGGUGACGGGACGUGUUUGUUAUAAUGAUGGGUUUGAUGCAAUGAUGUGUUUGAUGCAAUGAUGUGUUUGACGUAAUGAUGUGUUUGAUGCAAUGAUGUGUUUGAUGCAAUGAUGUGUUUGAUGCAUUGAUGUGUUUGAUGUAAUAAUUUUUUUUUGCACACAGCGAUGUGUCUGAUGUAAGGAUGUGCUUGAUGUAAUGAUGUGUUUGGGGUCAGUGAGGUCAAAACUGACUAGGCCUAAAAUGACACAUUGUUUUAGUUUAAAGUUCAUGUGACAAGUCAUUCGUUGCGGUGAAGCAUUGUAUAGAUCUGGGCACUAGAAGCGAUCUGUUGGAAAAAAAAAACAACAACUAACAAACUACAAUAGACAACUGAUAGAGCGCUUGUGUUACACAUUUGGAACAAACGAUUGUAUUAGGGGCCGUCCAUAAAGUAAGUCACCCUGCCUUUGACAAAUGUUCAACCCUUCCCCACUUUUCUUCCCCUGUUACCAUCUGUCACAAAUCUUGGGAACCCAUCCCCUUAAAGUACGCCACACUUAAUAAAAAAAAAAUAAAUAAAAUUAAAGAUUAAGAUUGUUACUACAAAAACACAAUUCACUUUAAAGAAUUAGGCACUACAAAGUGACAUCUUAUUUCAGAAUACACCCAGUACAAGAGAAAGUUAAACAUCACUGAAAAUUUCAGUAUAUAUAUAUAUAUAUAUAUAUAUAUAUAUAUAUAUAUAUAUAUAAAAAACAACAACAAAAAAAACAAACAAAAAAACAACAACACACACACUUUAUACUUUAUGGACGACCCCCAUAAUAAUUUAUAGUUAUUUCCUUACUUGAGUUAGAGCGUUUGGUUACAUCAUAAAUACAACAUCAAUUGCGUCAUCACUUCAAUCCAUGACUUUACAAGUGACAUUUUUGCUUACGGCGUAAAUCUAUGACACUGUUUGCGAGGGGGAAUAUCAUUAAACCGGCUAAUAUAAUCCCUAAUAAAAAACGAAAUUUCUAACUCUCAUCUCCAGACUGGGCGCCGAGCAUGGAGGUGCCGCCUCUAAGCAUGUCAUGACCUCCUACAGCGCCCCCGAUAACGCCAAACGCUGGUUCUUUUCGCAAUGCUCCGCCACUGACAUCAAGGAUUACCUGGCAACUCUCUCGUAAGUUUCUGCAUUUUUUGUUUUAAAAAAAAAACAUCUUUCGAUCACAUAUACACAUACUGUCGAAUACGCAUUCACACAAACAUCCUUAUACGCAAACACACACACAGAGGCAGACAUACGCACCCAAUCGCAAACAUUUUCAUUUUUCAAAUGGGCGAAACAUGCUGCGCAUUUAUGGUUUUACUCAGGGCGUUGUUUUGCGUCCGCGCCCCGGUGGUUGAAAGUCGUUCAAAUUCUACUGCAUUUAUCUGUAAAUUCAAAUUUAGUCCAUGGCGAAAAGAGUCUAUUUUCAUAACAGAACAUACAAAACUCACCAAGUUAGUUUAACAUUGCUCUUUGUCUUUUUUUUUCAAAAUUUUGACACCAACUUCUCUACAACAAGUAACAAUGACGAGUACAACAAUUAACAAUGACGAGUACAACAAUUAACAAUGACGAGUACAACAACUCACGAUGACGAGUAAAACGCACUAACAACGAAGAGUACAACAAAUAACAAUAACAAGCAUGACUAACAAUGGCCAGCUCAACAACUAACAAUGACGAGCACAACAACUAACAUUUACGACUGUUUUCAACAUUUGAAUACUUGAGAUUUCAGCUAUUAAAAAUCCAUUAUCAUUUGAACCAAAAAAAAAAAAAAAAAAACAAAAAAAAACGAAACUCUGUCACUGUUCUAAGAAAAUGAAAUGCUUUUUGUUAGCGUUAGUUCCAGACAAACAUAAGACGGAAAAAAUUUCAUAAAAAAUAAAUAAUUAUUUAAAAAAAAAAAAAAAAAAAAAAAAAAAACAAAAAAAAACGAAACUCUGUCACUGUUCUAAGAAAAUGAAAUGCUUUUUGUUAGCGUUAGUUCCAGACAAACAUAAGACGGAAAAAAUUUCAUGACGUUUGUUACCAUGUUAUAUUUGUUUUUGUUUGUUUUGUGUUCCCUCAGGCCAAACUGUCUGCUGACGACCAGCUCUUCCUCAACCAAACCUUCAACGACUUACGGCUCGUACACGGGCAGCAUGCUGGAUCCCGACGCCAUCUGUCAGAGAUCGCUCAAUACAACAGCAACAUACAUGUGCAGGGUGAGUUCACUGAGAUACGUGGGCAAGGUGAGUUCACUGACAUAAAUGUGCUAGGUGAGUUCACUGACACAUGUGUACAAGGUGAGUUCACUGACAUACAAGCAAAAGGGAGUUCACUGACAUAGAUGUUUUAUGUCUUUAUAUAUAUAAUUUUUAAUUUGGGUAGAUAUAUCCGAAAUAACCCCCCCUGCUCCCCCCACACACACACCAUCCCCCUCACCCUCAAGGAAUCUCAUAUUCGUGAAUGCCUGUACCUCUGCUCUAAACUCAAUCAGAACGAAUCGCUCAUUUAUUCUGCACUCUCCUUCCAAAUUCAUUCUUGUAGAAGCUCGAACAAACUUGUUGCUAUGAGAAUUGCAUCCAGGUUCCAUAACUCUACCUUUACCUUUCACUCUAAGUUAUCUACCUUGUAGUUUAAUACGCGAUCGUAUCAUUCGGGACUGAAAAAAACAACAAACAAACAAGUUAAACAACACACACAAAAAAAACAAACAAACUAAAACAAACAUGAAAGUUAACAACACCAUUCUAAAUUUAAUUAGAGUUUCUAUUUCCCCCAUUGUUUUACUCAGAGCCUACUACAAUUAAGGUUUUGCUUUGUUAAUGGGUAGGCUACUCAACGCAAAGCUCCUAUUCAUUUCUGAAGUCAUGUUGACAUUUUGAGAAGGUAACUUUUUUUUUCUUUCUUAAAAGAUUGAAAUUCUACAGAGAGUGAAGCUAAAACACCCACCUUCCCAUAAAGCCCCAUACAACAUCCAACUUACUCCUUUGGCGUUCAUCUUCGUUUAACUGUUCGAUGAACCGGAAAAAAAGAAAUAAUGAGAAUCUCUUGUCGUUUACAGGCGAAUGAACUUUACAGCAGCUCAACCCCCAGCGGGGACAAGGUGUGCUCGCAGAUUUUUUGUGCCCAACCUGGCACAAGCUACUGCUCGUCCGCCUACGCCUCUGAGGGAAUGGUGUGUGACGCCAGCAAGGUGAGUCACAAAGUUUGGGAAUGGUGAGUGACGCCAGCAAGGUGAGUCACAAAGUUAGGGAAUGGUGAGUGACGCCAGCAAGGUGAGUCACAAAGUUAAGGAAUGGUGUGUGACGCCAGCAAGGUGAGUCACAAAGUUAGGGAAUGGUGAGUGACGCCAGCAAGGUGAGUCACAAAGUUAGGGAAUGGUGUGUGACGCCAGUAAGGUCAGUCACAGGUGAGGGAAUGAUGCGUGACGCCAUCAAGGUAAGUUGCAGGUAAGGGAAUGCUGUGCGAUGCUGACAUCAAGGUAAGUCACAGGUGAAGGAAUGUGUGUGUUAUGCUGUGAAGCCCAGUCAAGUGUGAAGGUAUGAUGACAGUAAGGUAAAGCAAUGGGUGAAGGAAUGGUGUGUGAUUGCAUGAAGUUAAGUCACAGGUGAGGGAAUGAUGUGUGAUGACACCAAGAAAAGUCACAGGUGAGGUCAUUGUGUGUGAUGAAAUCGAGGUAAGCCAUAGGUGAGAGAAUGGUGUGUGACGCCCCCAAGGUAAGUCAUAUGUGAUGUAAUGGUGGGGCAUGAGUCUUAAGAACAAGGUACGUACAUUAAGAUGUGUCAUUAAUCGAACUCUUAACAUUAGUUUGAUUUCUCUUCACAGCGAUGCAAUGAUGGCAAGUGUAUACCUGACACUAGCGCGCCUGCGAAUGUUAACCGUAAGCUCUCAUGUGUUGUAUUGUCUUUUUCUAAACACAUUUUUUUAAAAAUAGUUUUAUUUAAUUUAAAUUGAUCACUAAAAAUUUAAAAUUUGUUUUAAAGUUUUAAAAUUUUAUAUUUUCAUUAAAGACAAAUAAUAAAAAUAAUCAAAAUUAUCAAAACUUUAUUUUGGCUUUAAUUUAACUCUUUUCUUCCAUCACCAAUAAUUUACGCCAGGCCUGCACAACUCAAAAUGUAAGGUGGGCCGUAAUACUUUCUGAAAAACUUGUGCGGGCCAAAAGAAAAUAGAAAUUGACUUGAGCGGGCAAAAAUAAAAUAGGCCAGGGGAAACUCUUUUCUAGAAAAUAAUCAGCAUAAAGAAUAUUUCGUUACCUCGUGGGUCACCAAGUGGGUGCUGGCGGGCCGCAUGCGACCCGCGGGCCGUAUGUUGUGCAGGCCUGACUUACGCGCAUACAAGAGACAAUUUCAUCUUAAAAAAUCUUGUUUUUUAAAGCCAAGUGUCUUUGGGGAGACCAAAAACUUCUGGAACUGUUCAGCCUGGGGUUCACGGGUAACUGCACUACCUUCCUGGCCAAGUACGGGUCUUCCAGCUGCUACAACGACGCCAUCAACCAGAGAUGUUGUGCCUCCUGUAAGCCGUACUACACCGGACGAGUUGGUGAGUACAGUUUUAUUAUGGUGUGCGCUUCAUUCACUUUUUCAUUUUGGUGGUCAUAAUUAUGACACCUUAAAGAGUUUAAGAUUAUAUCGCCCAAUUCAUUAUGGUGGGGCGUAGGGUAAGUGAGGUGACAUGACAUUUAGCGUUGAUGAGUGACAUCUUCAGUGGCUGCGAGAGACAUCUAGGGGCGGAUUGGUGCCCCGGCACCUAAAGGGGGUUAGUGAGUCAGUGAGUUAUUAAGUCAGUGAGUUAUUGAGUCAGUGAGUCACUGAGUUAGUGCGUCAGUCAGUCACUGAGUUAGUUUGUCAGUGAGUUAUUGCGUCAGGGAGUCACUGAGUUAGUGUGUCACUGUGUUAGUGAGUUAGUGAGUUAGUGAAUUAGUGAGUGAGUGAGUUAGUGAGUCAGUGAGCUAGUGAGUCAGUGAGUUAGUGAGUCAGUGUGUUAGUGAGUUAGUGAGUUAGAAAGUGAGUUAGUGAGUCAGUGAGUCAGUGAGUUAGUGAGUCAGUGAGUUAGUGCGUCAGUGAGUCACUGAGUUAGUGUGUCAGUGAGUCAGUGAGUUAGUGGGUCAGUGAGUCACUGAUUUAGUGAGUCACUGUGUUGGUGAGUUAGUGAGUUAGUGAAUUUGUGAGUGAGUGAGUUAGCGAGUCAGUGAGUUAGUGAGUCAGUGAGUUAGUGAAUCGGAGAGUUAGUGAGCUAGUGCGUCAGUGAGCCAGUGAGUCAGUGAGUCUGUGGGUUAGUGAGUUAGUGCGUCAGUGAGUCAGUGGGUUAGUGAGUUAGUCAAAACUCACAACAACGUAAGGUUCAGUUACAUACAUGUCUAGCUGAUGUUAAAGAAACCAUUGGUGAUCUAUAGUAAUUAUAUUGUUGUAUGUUAAGUUAAUAAUUUCACGUGGAAGUAACGCAUUGCAUAAUUAUUAUUUGAACAUUGACAUACACUGACUGAUCAAACUCUGAAUAUUUACACGGGUCCACAUAUUGACUAAAGACAUACUGUUCAAGUCCAGCCAUAGGCCAGUCAAGCAAAAACAUCACCCCGGGUGGAUGAGACUCGUUAACCUUGGUCAGCAACUCAUCUGAGAGAAGGAAACUCUGAAUUCAAACCCGGAGUUGGAGUCCCGUAAGGCACACACAAUGACAAUUCCUGCAACCGAACCCAUCCCUGGUCGUCUUGACGUAGAGUCUUGCCACUGGAUAUGGUGGGCCCGGACGAGAGAGUGAGGUAGACGCCGCGCAACUCUUCUUCACUUUAAACAAAGUCAUCCGCGCAAGUCAUCAGUCACCAGACGACUCGAUGGUCCUCGUCGAUCCUCGACGGACGAACAAUAAUAAUAUACUGUUCAUGUACACGCAUGGACUGAUCAAACCCUGAAUAUGUACACUUGUACACCUAUUGACUAAUGACACACUGUCCACGUACACGCAUUGACUGAUCAAUCUCUAAGUAUGUACAUGUGUACACAAUGGACCCACUGCCCACGUACACACAUUGACUGGUCAAUCUCUGAAUAUGUACACGUGUACACAUAUUGACUAAUGACACACGGCUCAUGUACGCACAUUGACCUCUGAAUGUUCACCAAUCCUCUCAGGCUGUGAGUACGGAGACAAGUCCACCGAUUGCGGCAAGUACGCGAAGUCCGCUGUCUGCCCACAGUACAAGACAUCAAUGUGUUGUAAUUAUUGCUAGUAAGUCAAGUUAUGUUUUGCAAUGUAAGAUGAUACAAAAGUAAAUUGAUACAAAAUGUGGAUGGUACGUAAGUAAAUUGAUACAAAAGGUGGAUGAUAAGUAAGUAAAUUGAUACAAAAGGUGGAUGAUAAACACGUAAAAUGAUACAAUUUCGGGUGAUAAAAGCGUAUAGUGCUACACCACUCUAGAUGGUACAAAUAAAAAAAGAUACAAAGUAAGAUGAUACAAAAUAUAGUUUAUACAAACGUUAGAUGAUACAAAAGGUAGAUGAUACAAAAGGCAGAUGAUACAAAAGGUGGAUGAUACGAGAGUUAAUAAUACAAAAGUUAGAUGAUACAAAAGUUAGAUGAUACAAAAGGUUGAUGAUACUAAAGGUAAAUGAUACCAAAGUUAGAUGAUACAAAAUUUAGAUGAUACAAAAGUUAGAUGAUACAAAAGUUAGAUGAUACAAAAGUUAGAUGAUACAAAAGCUAGAUGAUACAAAACAUUAGAUGAUACCAACUGAAUCUAAUAAUGUAUGUCUUGCAGUGGUUUUGUUAGCAAGAGGUCAACGAAGCAAGACAGGCCAAGAGGCAAAUUCGACGUCCUUCUUUUCCCAACCCUGGGCGCCACAGCCGUGCUCAACGUGACGCAGUACCCAGUGCCAUUUGAAGGCACGAAAUCCAAGGGUGACAACUCAGAAGAUUAAAAGAGUUCUUUCAUAUAUGAUUUUACCAAAUGUGAUCGAAAAUAAAUGUUAAAUUUUUUUACACCCCAUCCACCUUUUUCUUUUUUUUUAAAAACGAAAUUAUUGUUAACGCGUGAUAUUUUAAUGACAAUAAUUUAGAAUUGCACUAGUAUCCGAUAUUUUUUAAGGAAUAUAUUUAUAA